AUUCUAUAUUACCGUAGUCUCUGGAUUUCAUAAUUGUAUGUGCCGCCGGUUUGAAGAGUCAAAACAAACCUGUGUGAUUACGCACAGCAGUGGUUACGUUUGAUACGGAAAUUAUUAAAUAGCAGCAAUAUGAGUCGAAGAAAAAGAGCGAAGGUGGAGUAUAGAGAAAUGGAAGAGAAAUAUAAUCAAUUAGAGGAUGAAAAUGCUUCAGAUACAUCGGAAAAAUCUAAACCUGGUCUUGUAACACCAGAAAAAAAAGUUGUUCCUGAAGUAAAGAAAGAAUCCGAUACAAGUAUAUCACAAUCUGUUCCCACAUCGUCAGCACCAAGAAUUGAAGUUAAAGAAGAAGACGAUCAAGAUAGCGAUCAUGAAGAUCCUCAUGUAAAAGAAUUACUUAAUGGUUUGGAAGGGGCAGCAUUUCAAAGUCGUCUUCCAUUUGAUAAAUUAACUUCUACAGAAGCUGCUUGUUUCCCAGAUGUUUCUGGCGGUCCACCACAGACUCAGAAAGUUUUUCUUCACAUUCGAAACAGACUUUUGCAAUUAUGGCUUGAAAAUCCGAAACAACAAUUGAUAAUUGAAAAUGCUUUGCCAGCGAUAGAACCACCUUAUAAUAGCGAUACUGUAUUAGCACGUCGAAUUCAUGCAUUUUUAGAGAGACAUGGUUUUAUUAAUUUCGGAGUAUUUAAACGACUUAAACCAUUACCUACGAAGAAGUUAGGUAAAGUAAUUGUAAUUGGAGCAGGCAUUGCUGGUUUAGCCGCAGCUCAACAAAUGCAACAAUUUGGUUUAGAAGUAAUUGUACUCGAAGCACGGGAUCGUGUUGGUGGACGAAUUGCAACAUUUCGUAAAUCUUCGUAUAUAGCCGAUCUCGGGGCUAUGGUAGUCACGGGUUUAGGUGGGAAUCCCGUAACAACACUUAGUAAACAGAUUAACAUGGAACUUCACAAAAUUCGACAAAAGUGUCCUUUAUACGAAAGCGAUGGUCAAACGGUCCCGAAAGAUAAAGAUGAAAUGGUAGAGAGAGAGUUUAACCGGUUAUUGGAAGCAACUUCAUAUCUUUCACAUCAAUUAGAUUUCAAUUAUGUGGGUAGCGCUGGAUCUGGACAAGGUGGUAAUACACGACCGGUUUCAUUGGGCCAGGCACUGGAAUGGGUGAUACGUUUACAAGAGCAAGGUGUCAAACAACGUCAAGUAGCACAUCUACGUUCCGUAUUAUCGCUCCAAGGCCGACUUAUCACCAAUCAACAUAGGAUGAUAGCGAUCAUGGAUCGUUUGGUCGAGUUAAAUAAGCAAUAUAAAGAAAUGACCGAAAGUAAAUUACAAACACGUGAUAUAACGCAAGAAUUCGUAUUGCGUUCAAAAUUACGCGAUCUUCAUAAUGCGUGCAAGGAAUGGGAUCAACUUUCCGAACAGCAGAAAGAAAUCGAGGCAAAGUUACAAGAAUUGGAAGCCUCCCCUCCUAGUGACGUAUAUCUUUCUUCGAAGGACCGUCAAAUAUUGGAUUGGCACUUCGCAAAUUUGGAAUUCGCCAACGCGACGUCGUUAUCGAAUCUAAGCCUGAAACAUUGGGACCAAGACGACGACUUCGAAUUUACUGGCAGUCAUCUAACAGUUCGCAACGGCUACUCGUGCGUACCUGUUGCUCUGUCCGAGGGCCUGGACAUCCGGCUGAACACGGCUGCAAGGGCGGUCCGCUACGGGGUGAACGGGGUGGAGGUGUGGGCCGCACCCUCGCGCAGCCCCCACACAAAUCACACGGUGUACAAGGCGGACGCGGUGCUGGUCACCCUCCCCCUCGGAGUGCUCAAGGCGUCCGCGCCGCCGUCCGCGGUCGCCUUCAAUCCUCCGCUUCCGGACUGGAAGUCGCAGGCUAUUCAGAGGCUCGGUUUCGGCAAUUUAAAUAAGGUGGUGCUGUGCUUCGAACGGAUCUUCUGGGAUCCGACCGCCAAUUUGUUUGGCCACGUGGGGAGCACAACCGCGUCGCGUGGCGAGCUCUUCCUCUUCUGGAACCUUUACAAGGCGCCGGUGUUAUUGGCUCUGGUCGCUGGAGAGGCUGCCUGCGUCAUGGAGAAUGUCAGCGACGACGUGAUCGUUGGACGUUGCAUAGCCGUCUUGAAGGGUAUCUUUGGAAAUCAAGUGGUCCCACAGCCGCGCGAGAGCGUAGUGACGAGAUGGCGAGCGGAUCCAUGGGCGAGAGGCUCGUACAGCUUCGUCGCGGUCGGCAGUUCCGGUAGCGAUUACGAUCUUCUGGCCGCCCCUGUCGCACCUCCUGCCACACCUGGCGCACCGCCACCGCAACCCAGGGUUUUCUUCGCAGGAGAGCACACCAUAAGAAAUUACCCUGCGACCGUGCACGGCGCAUUUCUCAGCGGGCUCCGCGAGGGUGGACGAAUCGCGGAUCAACUCUGCGGAAGCCCUUACGCGCCGCCGACGAUGCCCGCUUCCGGUCCACCGCCCACGGCCAUCCCAUCCGCGACCACCGGAUCGACGACCACGCCUUAGCGAAUUCCUGCCGCGGAGUUCUUGGCCUUCGAUCGAUAAAGAAAGAAAAGAAAA